CACCCAAAUUACAUUUGCAAUAUCCACUACUUUUCUAAUAUCUUUUUUUUCAUUAUGGAAAUGUUUAGCAAAAUUGCAUGCAUUGUUGUUUUGUGCAUGGUUGUAACACUAGUUGCACCCCAUGCAGAGGCAAUGACUUGUGGUCAAGUCACAUCUGGUGUGGCUCCUUGUCUCCCUUAUCUUACCGGCCGCGGCCCCCUCGGAGGGUGCUGUGGCGGAAUUAAGGGUCUUUUGGGUGCAGCCAGGACUCCAGCUGAUCGAAAAAUGGCAUGCAAUUGCCUAAAAUCAGCAGCUACUGCUAUUAAGGGCAUUGAUGCUGGUAAAGCUGCUGGUCUCCCUAGGGUUUGUGGCGUAAACAUACCUUACAAGAUUAGCCCCUCCACCGACUGCAAUAGGGUUCAGUAAGGCCGAUGAUCAGUGCAAUAAUAUGGAAGUAGCUAGCCAGGUAGAGUUUCAUGAAGAGAUGGAAGCAUAAUAAAGAUAUGGGGUGGAGUUAGUUUGAUCCUGUUUUACUUAUUUUGUGUUAUUUAUAGUUAAGAGUGUUGUGAUGAAACAUUUGGGGUUGGUUA